CAGAGGCAAAACAGGGGGUGGGAUGGAGGGCCAGGUCCAUGUAGAGCAGGUGGGCCUGGAUCGUGGAGCAGGGACAGACAGUGAAGCACUGGAGGACCUGGAUCAUGGAGCAGGGACAGACAGUGAAGCACUGGAGGACCUGGAUCGUGGAGCAGGGACAGACAGUGAAGCACUGGAGGACCUGGACCGUAGAGCUGUGGCAGACAGUGGAACCUCAGAGGACCUGGGCCGUGGAGCUGUGGCAGACCGUGAGACACUGGAGGGCCUGGGCCAUGGCGCAAUAGCAGACAGUGGAACCUUGGAGGACCAGGGCCGUGGAGCUGUGACAGACAGUGGAACCUUGGAGGACCAGGGCCAUGGAGCAAUGGUAGACAGUGGAACCUUGGAGGGCCUGGGCCGUGGCGCAAUGGCAGACAGUGGAACCUUGGAGGACCUUGGCCGUGGAGCAAUGGCAGAGUAGGGGACCAUGGUGGGGCAGGCAGAACAGGCAGAACAAGAAGCCAUGGCGAGGCAGGCAGA